GCCGAGUGCAUAGGACUACACCAUGAUUGGCCGUAAUCACUUCGUUGGUGGAGUCAUACAGAGCGACUAUGUUAUGAAUCAAUUCAAUGAAGCAGAAACGAGAGAAGACGAAGCGUUGAAGGUCACGCAGCCAGAAACUAGAUCUCCGCUGCCACAACUCAAUCCGCCAUCAUCUAUUCCUUCUCAGUACAUGGAUCUAGAUUUGCGCAGUUUUAUUACGGUCAAUCAGAACAGAAAUUAUCAGGAUUAUCCUUCAACGAUUUGCCGCAAACCUUUGGUUGGACAUCCGAUUUCGGCCGAUGAAAUUAGAAGACGAGCUGAUGCGCUUGACAAUUCGGUCUACUCACCAGUUAUCGUUAACGGAACGCUAUACUUCCUGAAUUUGGAGGACGAUACUCGCACGGCAAAGUCUUCUAUCAGUCUAGAGGAUAAUUCGACAACAUCAGCCACAUCAGCAAGCAAUGUGGAUUUGAGUGACGUGACAUUUACACUGGAGGAGUUGAAAGGGUUAUUGCCGCAGUAUGCCAUAAAAAGACUCACCAAUUAUCAUAAGGAUCAUCCCGAGAGAAAGAAAUGUAAUGUUACUGAUUAUGAUCUCAUGAAACUGCAGGACGCAAUCUCUACGAUAGCUCGCUUUACGCAAAAUACGUCUCAUCCAGCGGUGGAAGAAGUGAAGCCAAGCGACCCGGAUUUUGCAUAUUUACGCGGAGCUCUAAAUCUGGUACGAUCUGAACCUGUGCCUCAACCUACUACGGAAACUACCAAGCCUACCACAGCAUCUACCACAACCAUCACUUACACUGAUGCUUAUACGAAGCAAAGCGUCACGGGAAAUCCGACUUCAGAACAAUCUUCAACCCUUAGCUCUGUCCCAUUCGUGGGAGUAGCGGAACAUGAUAUAGCGGAACAGCUAGCAGCAUCAAAUGCUGAAACAUCUGUGGAUAUGGAUGUUCCUAUUUCAAAAAACAUCACAGAUGCGAUACCUACUAUAAUCACGGCCACGGUACCGUCGAGCACUUCCAAGACAGAAACAGGGAAUCAAAUCUUCGACAACAUAACCGUUAGCGAAGCCGAUAAAACAAAGCCCGAAUUACUUACGGAAUGGGAACGUCUAAGCGAAUAUACAGCCAAAGAUCACAACGAACUCCAGACACCUGUUCUUUCGUGGAGCACUGAUACUGCACAUAGCUUCAACAACGAUAAGAUUCAGAAGACGUCAACGGAGGACAAGAAACUGAACGGAGAAAAAACCGAGAGUAAUCAAAAUGUCGCGUUACGUAUGGAUUCACCCGAGAGAGACGUCUACACUGCUGUAACAAUUGCGGAUUAGAUGCGCGGAUUAGAUGCAAAUGCAAGAAUAUUGUAGAUCAUUCUCAUCCUCGAUCAUUUUUCGUUCUAUGAACAUAAUAAUGUUCUAACGAGCAGUUUAGGCGUUGUUUCAAUAAAAC